AUGUCGGAACUUUUCGAAAGUGCAAAGACGUUUACUGCGGGCGAACACUUGGAAAUAAUUAAAAGCGCCAUUGAUGAUGUUCAGCAAACUGAAGAAAUACGGAAGAAACAAUCUGAUGAAUUUCGGGCCAUUUUGAGAGAUUUAUCUCGUAAACUCGCAGCUGCUAAAAAGCAAGCUACGCGGUCAGACGACCAGCUUAGUGCCGAAGAACAUCAACAGCAGAUGACCGAUUUGGACAACAAAAAUCGAGUUUUGAAAAAAUCUAUUAAUAAAUUGGAUAAUGAUAUCACUGCGCAUCAAGAGAGAUUACAAUUGUUACAGGACGAAUUAGAGAGAUUGAAGAAUGCUAAUGUGGAAGACACAAUUCAACCGAGAGACAGUAACAUUGCUCUUCAGUUGCUGCUUUAUCGACAGCUGGGUCUUACGUUCUUGGAAGAUUCAAAUGGCAAUUACAUGCGAGCAAUUGUCUCCAAUCGACUAAAGAUGUACGAACUGUUAUGCUCGAUCCUGGCCACUCUCAACAUUUUCUAG